AUUAGAGCAAAACCGACGUUGCUCUAUCUCUCCCUUUCUUCUGCUACUGCUAUUGCUAUUGGAGUUAGAGCACAGGGAACAAGACUCAACCAAAACUAUAUCAUUUUUUUAUUAAAAUAAAGAGGUGCUAUAUAUUAUUUAUUUAUUUAUUACUAUUAUUAGUUUUCAUCAUAGAAGAAGUGGACUAUGGGAAGCAACACUGAAGACCCUAAUCCCUCCUUCAAGCGCACUUACAGCCACGUCGUUUUCCGUCUUCUCUGCCACUCCUCCCGCGUCGGCGCUAUCAUCGGAAAAUCUGGCUCCGUCAUCAAGUCACUUCAGCAACUCACCGGCGCCAAAAUCAGAAUCGACGACGCACCGCCUGACUCUCCAGAGCGUGUCAUCGUCGUCAUCGUCAAGCUCGACGGCCAAGGUGUACCAGAUGUCUCCAAGCCACCUGAGGCUCUGCUCAAGGUGUUCGAAAGAGUUCUUGAUGUUGCUGCCGCUGAGACUGAAGGAACUGACGUUGGAGAUAGGGUGGUUUCAUGCAGACUGCUUGCUAACGGCGGUCAGGCUGGUUCCGUCAUCGGAAAAGGAGGAAAGGUUGUGGAGAAGAUCAGGAUUGACACCGGAUGUAGAAUUAGGGUUUUGAAUGAUAAGUUGCCUGUUUUCUCUAAGCCCUCUGAUGAAAUCAUUGAGAUACAAGGCAAUGCAUCAUCUGUAAAGAAGGCACUCGUUGCUGUUGCUAGUCGGCUUCAAGAGUGUCCUCCGCCUGACAGAACAAAGAUGAUGGGAACCAGACCUUAUGAAGUAUUUCAGCAUGAAACUUAUGCUGUUCCACACGAGGGUUUAACUGAUCUGAAUAUGGAUUACCGUCAGCAGAGGAGCUCUGCAUUACCUACUUCAUCCAUUGGGUCUGAUGGCAAUCCCUCUAAAGUUCAUCCAUUUUCAGCUGAAGUUAACAGAGUCUCCCUGGAUCCGGAAGCACUUCAACAGGAAGUUACCUUUAGAAUUCUUUGUUCCGGUGAUAGGGUUGGCGCUGUAAUCGGGAAAGGUGGCAGUAUCGUAAGAGCUCUUCAGAAUGAAACUGGGGCUACUAUAAGUGUUGGUCCUUCAGUAGUUGAGUGCGAGGAUCGGCUAGUUAUUGUUACUGCUUUAGAGAAUCCUGAAUCAAGAUUUUCUCCAGCACAGAAGGCCAUUGUGCUUGUUUUCUGCAGGUCUGUUGAGGGCUGUGUUGAGAAGGUGCUAGACUUGCAAUCAAAAAAGGAGUCAUUUGUCACUGCAAAGCUAGUAGUCCCAUCCAACCAAGUAGGUGUUUUGUUGGGGAAAGGAGGAGCAGUAGUCCAAGAAAUGCGGAAGGCCACAAGGACUAGCAUCAGUAUAGUUGGGAAUGGUCAGGUUCCAAAGUGUGCAUCAUAUAAUGAUCAAGUGGUACAGAUAUCAGGUGAAUUUCCAAAUGUUCGAGAUGCAUUGUAUAAUGCAACUAGUAGACUGCGAGAUCAUCUUUUUGCCAUAACAAAAAACAGUGGUGGAACUGGUCCCUACGGGAGACUGAGGGACUCCAUUCCUCUUGGUCUUGGAGGCCAACCAGUUGGUGGUGUUAAUCAUGGUCUCAAUAUUCAUUCUUUAUCUCAAAGCAUUGCUCAUUGUACACUUUCUGGAAAUUUUGAUCGUUCUUCUUCACCAGGGGUAUGGGCACCUAAGGUGGUGGGUGGGAUAACUUCCAGAUGCAUCAGUGAUGUUAGCAAGAGAUUGACUCCUCAUAACGAUGCCUUAGAACUUAUCAGUGGGAGUAAAACUGCCAUUGUAACUAAUACAACUGUGGAAAUUGUGGUUCCCGAUGAUAUUGUUGACUCUGUAUAUGGGGAAAAUGGUAGCAAUCUGGAUCAAUUGAGACAGAUAUCAGGUGCCAAGGUUACUGUUCGCGAACCCCGUCCUGGAACAAGUAACAGGACUACUAUUAUCUUAUCAGGCACACCCGAUGAAACUCAAGCAGCUCAGAGCCUUCUCCAAGCAUUUAUUAUCAGUGGAUCAUCAUGACAAUAUCUCCUCACCGAUGCCCGCUUAAUUUUCAACAGUGUUAAAUUUGUCGACUUUUCUUUUUUUGCUAUAUAUUUUUUGACCCCGCUGAAAAGCAUGUACAGCCCUUCAAAUAUACUCCACCGUUAAUCUUAUUUGAAAUCAAUUCAGCGCAGGCUGUUCACUGAACGGUAGUAUACUAACUCAACUGCGGUCUCUUGAUUCUUCAACACCUUUUGUUCUUUUAGAAAUAUCACCAUGUUAAGGAAGCCAUGUCUUGAAUAGGUUCUUUUUCAUGAUUUUA